CUUUUUCAGUUUUCGCAGCCAUUGCAAAAGAAAAUUGCAGCACUUUCCUAACUUUUCUUGUUCAACUUUCUUGCUAGGUCUGAAAAGCAAAGGGUAGCCUUAAUUCACAUCUGGCCACAACUAUGGAUUCUUCAUCAGCUAAAUGGUUAUCUGAAUUGGGAAUGGAUGAAUACAACAUCAUCCAUCAAUGUCAUAUGAACACUUUAGCCGAACUCACCACCACAGAUGACUUGGCGACGGCCCUUGUGGGAGGAGGGAACUUGAAGCAAUCAUUCUCUUCGGAGAGCUAUUCAUCUUACCCUAACUUAUACACCAAAAACACCACCACCACUAUCAGCGGUUCAUCAUCCAUCGAAACUCCAGAUUACAGACCUGCCAAACAUCUCAAAACCACCCAUCAUCAUCAUGUUCCACCUAAACCUUCUUCUCCCACCUCUCAAAUCCUUUCUUUCGGCAACUCCAAUUCACUGCCCGCUACCUCACAUCACCACUAUUAUAACGUCGACAACACCGUCAACCCUAAAGACGAGACGUUAUCUUCGGGAAAUAUGAACUUUUUACCUCCGGUAACAAAUGGUCCUUACGAGAGCACAAAUUAUGCACCUAAAAUCAAUAAUCAUGGGGUCAAGAGGACUUAUUCUAUGACCAGAACCCCUUCGGUUGCUCAAGAUCACAUCAUAGCUGAGCGAAAGAGAAGAGAAAAACUCAGCCAGCGUUUCAUAGCACUCUCAGCCAUAGUUCCUGGCUUGAAGAAGAUGGAUAAGGCUUCAGUUCUUGGUGAUGCUAUAAAGUAUGUGAAACAACUUCAAGAACGAGUAAAGGUGCUGGAGGAGCAAACCAAGAAGAGAACUGUGGAAUCCGUAGUUUUUGUGAGGAAAUCCCAGUUAUCAGCUGAUGAUGAAUCCUCUUCAUGCGAAGACAACAACUCCGAAUUAGGCCCGUCAUCUGAUGCAGCACUACCGGAAAUCGAAGCUCGAGUCUCUGACCACGAUGUUCUCGUUCGAAUCCAUUGCGAGAACCACAAAGGUUUUGUGCCCAAAAUACUAAGCGAAAUCGAGAACCUCCAUCUAUCUGUCGUUAAUAGCACUGCCUUGCCUUUUGGGAACUCCACUCUCGACAUAACCAUAAUCGCUAAGAAAGAUUCUGAAUUCAACAUUACAGUGAAGGAUCUUGUUAAGGACAUCAGAGUGGCUUUAUUGAAGUUCAUGUGACAUCCAACAAGACAUGUCAUUGAUUCUUAACUUUCCACAAAUAUCUUUAUGUUGUUUUGAACUCAAAUCUUGUAAGGGAAACCAUGGCUCUCCUUUUUAUAGACCAAAUCUCUAGCUUGUACCCAAAAGAACUUGUUUUACCGUGAGGUUUGUUUCAGCCUAUAUAGAUAGUGCGGGAUUCUUUUUCUCUUCUUUUUUUGCGUGGUUUUCCACGUUCGUAUUACCCCGCCUGCAAAUCAUAAUAGGCUUUCAAAUUUCAUUGAUUUUGGUUUCUUAGAGAACGUAGGGAUUUCAUUAACCUUAUCAAUAUUUUUAGUGAAAUCUCUCUCUUCUCUAUGAAAUUUGCUCAAACAGUAGUCGGUCAACUUAGUGUUUUUGAUAUUGGUCUAUGUCUAUAUACAUUGGGAAGAUGAGCCUGCAGUUUCUCUUAGAAUUGGGUCUGUUUUUGUUUUUUUUUUCAGGGGUCUGGGGUCUGAUCUUUGUGUGAAAUUCCCCUCUGUAAAAUGUUUAUCCUCUGUAACAUUUGAUCGUUGAAUCAUGCAAAAAAGUAUAUGUAUAUUUUCAUUAA